AUGACAUCUCCACGCUCUUCCGGAGCUGCCUAUGACUAUCAAACAGGAUCCUUAUCGUUUCACAGAGACUCGCUGCCCAACGUCGCUCAGUCAGUCAUAGCCGAUCAUCAACCACUCUCAACAAUCGAGGUCGCGUCCAAUUUAACCCCUACCUCCUUUACGUCGUUACGGAGGACCACUAGAUCCUCUGUGAGUACAAGCUCUGCGGGGGAUCCAUCGAUCCCCUCUAUUGCUGGGAAGAAGACCAAGUUUGAUGCAUCGAAAUAUCAAUAUCAUCCUUCGACACCGCCGCGUAAGAAGCUCAAGGUGGAAACAACAACCCCGAUUUCAGUCAAGGCAGAAAACGUCACCGAAGAAAGCCCAAGAACACCAAAAUCGGCCAGCAAAAAGUCUUUACCGCAGCUCGCUUUGGCGAAACCUCACCCAGCUCCGUUGCAAUGGGAAGAGCAGUAUAAGCUGAUUGAGAGAAUGAGGAAAGGGAUCAUAGCUCCUGUUGAUGAUAUGGGUUGUGAGAGACCGAGAACAGUGAUCAAUGAUGACCCCAAGACUCUUAGAUUUCAUAUUUUGAUAUCCCUUAUGCUGUCUUCGCAGACCAAAGACCCCGUGACAUCAGCAGCUGUCACAAACCUUCACGAUACGUUGACAGGUGGCCUGACAGCCCGAUCUUUGGCCAAUGCUACUACAGAGACGGUGCAGACGUGCAUCAACAAAGUUGGGUUUUGGCGUAGGAAAGCUGAUUAUAUACAAGAUGCAGCCAAGUAUCUGUUGGAGAAAGAAAAUGGAGAUGUACCCAAUACCUUGGAAGGGCUAUGUGCUCUGAAAGGCGUAGGCCCGAAGAUGGCAUUCUUGGCGCUACAAUGCGCUUGGGAUAUUAACGCUGGGAUAGGGGUUGAUGUGCAUGUACACCGGAUCACUAAUCGGCUGAAAUGGCAUAAACCACCAACUACCACACCUGAGGCAACUCGAUUGAAUCUACAAUCCUGGCUACCUUCGAAACUGCAUAAACCUAUUAAUCCAAUGUUGGUUGGAUUCGGUCAAGUGAUUUGUCUUCCUGUCGGACCUAGAUGUGACAUUUGCUUGCUUGGACAAAAUAAGUUAUGUCCAAGUAGGAUAACGAACGUGAAGUCGCAAGGCAGAAAAGAGGUCUUAUAUACUUUCAACAAGGAAGAGGACGAUGAAAUGCUACCAAAAUUGGAGAUUGGUUAUGAAGGAGUGUUCCCUACAACUGGCUUGGUAAGAAUGAAACGUGAGCCAUCUCCAGAGCCAAGAGGGGUCAAGAUGGAAAGAGAUGUAGGAUUAGAGGAACUUGUUGAAGAGCCGGGUAUGGAGAAGGUGUACGAAGUACUGGAAGUGCUGGAUAAAGUUGAUGGUGCCAAGGGUGUCGAUGGCGAAUCGUUAAGUCGUUGA